AUGUGUUUUAGAGCUUUCACAGAGCUCCUGGCCUGCGAAUUCUCUAAAACCCUUUGCUGCAGGAGCUCCUGCCCCCGAAGCCUCACUGUCCCCUCCGGCCCCUUCUCCCUGCAGCCCACUGAAUUCUUACGGUCCCUGGGUGGGGGCGGAGAAGGGAACGUUCGGAUUGAGAUGGCGCACGGCACGACCACGCUGGCCUUCAGGUUCCAGCACGGAGUGAUGGUGGCCGUGGACUCUCGGGCCACAGCGGGGAGUUACAUCGAUACCAUACGGGUGAACAAGGUGAUCGAGAUCAACCCUUACCCGCUGGGCACCAUGUCCGGCUGCGCGGCCGACUGCCAGUACUGGGAGCGUCUGCUGGCCAAAGAGUGCAGGCUGCACUACCUUCGGAAUGGGGAGAGGAUCUCCGUGUCGGCGGCCUCCAAGCUGCUAGCCAACAUGGUGUCCCAUUACCGGGGCCUGGGCCUGUCCGUGGGCAGCAUGAUCUGUGGCUGGGACAAGAAGGUGGGUGCUCCCCUUUCCCUGUGCUCCCGGUCCAGGAAUGGGAGAUCUCGUCCCCAGUGGGCCCGCCCACGUCCACCCCUGCCUGGGAGCCGGCAGGUAGAGCACGUGUUUCUCUGA